GCCGUCGCACAAACCGUCUUCGUCGGAGACAUCGGAGGGACCAACGCGAGGCUCCAGGUGUGGACCGCGGAUCCGAGCGACCCAGCCUCCGCGACGAUGACCUUCGAGAAGGUCUACGGCACCUCCGGCCAUCCCACGUUCGAGUCCGUCAUCACCGACCUCUUCGCCGACGCGAACGUGGCCGCCGGGUCCGUCUCCGCCGCCUGCUUCGCCGUCGCCGGUCCCGUCGCCGACGAUCGAUGCCAGAUGACCAACAUCUCGUGGAUCAUCGACGGCGCCGCGCUGCAAAAGUCCUUCGACAUCGCGUCCGUCAAGGUCAUCAACGACUUCGCCGCCGUCGGCUACGGCGUCCUCGACCUCGCACCGGACGAGACGGUCACCCUCAACGAGGGCACCGCGAAGUCCCCGACGGGCCCAAUCGCCGUGCUCGGACCUGGCACCGGUCUCGGCGAAGCCAUGCUCUUCCACAACGCCACCACCGGCGCGUACGACGUCGUCCCCUCCGAGGGAUCCCACGCGGACUUUGCGCCGCGCGGUGACACCCAGCGCGCGCUUCUCGCGUACUGCGAGGAACACCUGGGCGAGUGCGAGAUCGAGCAGGUGUGCUGCGGGUCGGGCAUCGCGAGAAUCUACGACUUUCUGAAAGCGCACCGAUCGAAGCCGGACCUGCCUGCACUGGACCCGGCGGGCGUGACGGACGCGGCGAUUGCGGGAACCUGCGAGGUGUGCGUCGAGGCGGUCGAGAUGUUUCUGGAGAUUUUGGGCGCGGAGGCCGGUAACCUGGCGCUCAAGUGCCUGGCCACCGGGGGCGUCUACGUGGCGGGCGGGAUCCCGCCGCGACUCAUGAAGAUCAUCGGCGACGACGGCGGAGCGCUCAAACGGGCGUUCCUGAGGGAGGAGUGCAGGUACAAGGACGUGCGCGCGGGGUACCCGCUUCACGUCAUCCUGAACGAUAAGAUCGGCCUGGCGGGCGCCAAGGUGUACGCCAUGCGCCAGCUGCGUUAG